AUGGCCAACCAAGCACCACUCAGUUACUCAGCAGCGGCAUCGGGCGCCUCAGCAGCUUCAACAUCCGACCACCCAACCGAUGCCGAUAAGGUUGCAGCACAGCCGUCCAAAGCUCAGGAACAGGCAGUCCGUGGCGAAUCAGCUCCGACGACCGACAGGACAAGACAACAACAUCAAAAUGGCCCUCCAGCCCGACGAUCACCUUCACCUCGGCAUCAACCAAGGGGCGUUGCCGAGAACGAAGCAGUGUACAUCCUGACUUUGCAAACGGACAAACCUCACCAUGACCGGAUGACGGCUCUGAGGAAGAAAUACUUCCCACCAAAACUCAACAAACUGGAAGCUCAUCUUACACUCUUCCAUGCCCUUCCGCAAAGCAGGCUUGACUCAGCUAUCCUACCAACCAUCCAGGACGUUGUGGCCAAGAACCAUCCGUUCAAAGUGACUGUCACAAAACCGUUUCGUCUUCGACACGGCAUCGCAUUAUCAAUCCCCAAGCUCGAAGGCGGGAGUAAGAUCCAGGGCAUCCAUCGUGCAUUACAGGUGCCGUGGAAGGACCAAGGAUGGCUUAGUGACCAGGAUGCUGGGGGAAUGCAGGCUCAUUAUACGAUUAUGAAUAAAGUAGAUUCUGACGCCGAGGUUCUCGAUGCCUUUGAUGAGGUGAGCCGUGAGUUUCAGGGCGAUGAGGGGAUGGUUGAAGGGUUGGGGCUGUGGAGGUUCCAGCCGAAAGGGAAUAUGGGUAUCAGGAGCCAAGGCAGAGUUCCGGCUCGACACCUCUUCUCUCAUGGCGAGCUCGAUACCAUCUUGUCGGCGCGAUUUGACACCCAAACAUGGUCGAAUGCUGUGGUCAUUGUCGCUCGCAAGCCCCGGGAAUUGAGCUUCGACCACGCAACGCCGACGGCCAUCGAAGCAUAUCGUUCUACCCAGACUGUCAAGAGCUUCUGUCAAGCAGACAGGAGCAUGCACGAGAAGCACGACUUCCAGACCUGA